CUUUUAUUAAUGUCAUUUUUUUUUCAAUUUAUUUUAGAAUAUGUCCUUUUUGGCCGGCAAAUUAAUUGAUAAAGAGGCAAAAGAUAAAUACAACUUACAUAGUCAUUCACGAAUGGAACCGGGGGUUGAACAACCGGACGGCCAGGAGAGAACGCAGCAGCACACAGCGGAAUCACUGGGUGAUCCUCGAGUGCCUGGUGCCGCCGUGAUCCAAUCACGACCUUUCGCGCCGUGUUUACCGCCUGCGAUGCUGCGUGCGAUUCUCUGUUUGUGCGUCGUGUGCCUGGCCAUCCGGGUAUCCACUUUCGGCCAUUUUUUUAUUUUUAUGAUUUGUAAUGAAAAGAAAAUUGUAUUUUAAUUUUAAAUAAAUUUU